GAUACUUCCCCCGUUUUUUCGAACCAUAAGAUGGCCGUGAACACGGACACCGCCUUCCAGACGUCUAACUUAGGGGAGACCCGACCGGCGCCGCCCCCCGACUUCCAGGAGACGGAGAAACUUCUAGCGGUGACCACGGAGCCUGGCGGGACCGGGAUGAAGACCUCCUCGUCCUUCAGCGUCAACGUGGACGGUGGUGGCGAGAAGCACCUGGAGGCGGAGCAGAACGGCCACGGCGCGUCCCUGCGGUCGGGCUCCGCGGGACACCUGGCGGUGGCUGCGCCCCAUUCCCCGUCCCAGGUCAGCCGGAGCCGCGCCUCGUCCGUUGGGAACGCGGCCGUGCUGCAGGAGAACCCCAAGCCCAAAGACUACCUCAUCCUGGUUAUCAUCUCCUGCCUGUGUCCCGUGUGGCCCGUCAGCAUCGUGGCCCUGGUCUACUCCAUCAUGUCCAGAAACAGUCUCCAGUCGGGGGAUGUGGAUGGGGCUAAGCGUCUGGGCAAGCUGGCCCGCCUGCUCAGCAUCGUCUCCAUCAUCCUCGGGAUCGUGGUCAUCGCCGUCUACGUCUCUGUGACGGCUUUGAAAUAAUAACGGUUGCAUAACGGAUACAACCACAACAACAACAACAACAACAAGAACAACAGCAGCAGCAGCAACAACGAUAUCCAGGCGUUGUGAGCUUGUGAUGAACAUCAAGACCAUCCCCUAAAUGCAGAAUACUGUCAAAUGAAAAGAAAAUAACCGUAAAAAAACAACAUGUUUGGUUGGCAAAUCAAUGAAGUUAACAAGGAAACCCCAGAAAUGCAUGCACUAGAAUCCAGUAAAUAUUUGCUUGAUAUAGAAACAAAUAUUGAUAUUAAAUUGGUUCUGGAAAGGAAAGAGGACAUUGUAAACGUUUUGGAAUAGUCCCAUAUUUCUUCAUAUGAACUAAAAGGUCUCAGAAAAUGAAAAGGAAAAGAAGGCACAAAACUGAAGACAAAGGAGAAGCGGAGAAAAAUUAGAGCAAUUAAAAAAUGAACUCUGGGUUCAACGAGAAUCUUGAGAGCUACAUUCUAAACCCCCAGCCACCCACCAUAUUCCCUGUUCAUUCAGCGCAUAUCCAAGCACAGCUACAGAAACAACUGAAAUAGGCAUAAUUGGAGUUAUGGAGAUGUACAUUUUCUAAAGUGUCUUUAUGCUGAGUUGCGCUAUAUCAGGAGGAACCGCUCUGAAAUGUCUAGGAUCUAUUUUUUGUUUUUUGUUAUUAGGGUAUGUAAAAAAAAGAAAAAGGAUUUUUUUUUUUGACCAACUGCAAGUCAGAUUGUACAUAAAAGAUAUUUGGAUUUUGUUAUUUAUGCUUU